AUGCUAACUUGAUGAUCAAGCGAUUCCGUCUGUUCUGCGGAAAACACCCAGAACCAAACGUGUCGGACGGGGAGCUGAUGGGAUCUAAAGAGGAGACUUCUUAUGUCUUUUCUUCUCCUCUUUCCUUUCUUUUCUCGUCUCUUUCUUUCUCUUGAUCAGAUGUAAUUAUUUCCCAGUGUGGAUAUACGAGCUCUCCUGGUUUCUUCCCGUGGACAGCUAAAAACCUCAACAUUCACAGGGUAAUAACGAUAAGACCCUGAGGACCGGAACAUUUGAACGCAUCUGGACGAACCCCCUCUUUCUGGAAGAACCGGAGGAGGGAACGUGUUUCCAGAGAGUAGACAUGACCCAAUGAGAUGGAAACCUGAAACACAAACAGUGGUCCCUCAGAGGACGGUGGAGACAGAAAAAUCCCACCAUCAGAAGUGAGCAGUGGAGCUGUAAAUGUCCAUGUUUGUGGGGCUGAAUGUGGAAGCAGGAAGUGGACAGUGUUUGGAUCAGGGUUUACAUGUGACUCAGGACUAAUGACCUGGACUGAGCAGCGGGGGUCUGGUGAUGUUCCAUCUAUGCUGCAGAACAAUCGUUACACUUCACAUGUCCGGGGUGGACAUGGUUUGUUCAUCAGUGAGGGACACCACAGCCGAUGAUGUAGGAGUUGUUGAUCUGCUCCUGCAGGACGACAGCGUGCUUUCCGUUUCUGAUAAACAGAGGAAGAGGAGGCUGUGAGUGUUAACCAUGCCCAGGAAUCAGGCUUUCUCAGAACCGGAGUACUCUGCUGAGUACUCAGCGGACUGCUCUGUCACGCUGCCCUCUGACCCCGGACAAGCCGUGGGGCGAACACACGAAGUCACGGUGAGGAACUCAGGAUGCUGCCUCUGCCUGCCUCGCUUCAUGCGCCUGACAUUCUCCCCCGAGUCUCUGGAGAACCUGUACCAGACCUACUUCAGACGGCAGAGACAUGAGACCCUGCUGGUGCUGGUGGUGUUCGCCGCCCUGUUCGACAGCUAUGUCAUCGUCAUGUGUGCAGUGGUCUACACCGCCGACAAGCUGGCCUCUGUGGUGGUGGCUUCAGUGGGAUUAGCGGGGGAUGUUAUCCUUUACCUGCUGUGCCGCUUUGGACUGCUUCCAGAUCGGAUUUCCAGACGGAUGGUUCCCUACGCCCUCUGGGUGCUCAUAGCAGCACAGAUAUUCUGCUAUCUGGGUCUGAACUAUGCCCGCUUCCACCAUGCUAGCGACACUGUGGGCUGGCAGGCUUUCUUCAGCUUCUCCUUCUUCCUGACGCUGCCUUUGAGACUAACGCCCAUUGUGCUCAUCACAACCAUCUCCUGUGGGGUCCACACCCUGGCUCUGGGGGUCACCAUUGCCCAGCAUCAGCAGGAGGACAUCCAGGGGGCCGCACUCGGCAAACAGCUGCUGGCCAACUUAGUGAUCUACAUGUGUGCCAUCACUGUAGGCAUCAUGUCAUACUACAUGGCUGACAGGAAGCAUCGGAAGGCCUUUCUGGAAGCGAGACAAUCCCUGGAGGUUAAACUAAACCUGGAGGAACAGAGUCAGCAGCAGGAGCGUCUCCUGCUGUCCAUUCUUCCAAAGCAUAUAGCAGACGAGAUGCUUCAGGACAUGAAGGAGCCCAGUCAGAAAGAGAUGCAGCAGUUUAACACCAUGUACAUGUACAGGCACGAAAAUGUCAGCAUUCUGUUUGCAGACAUCGUGGGCUUCACCCAGCUGUCGUCAUCGUGCAGCGCCCAGGAGCUGGUCAAACUCCUCAAUGAGCUAUUUGCUCGCUUUGACAAGUUGGCUGCAAAAUAUCACCAGCUGAGGAUCAAGAUCCUGGGAGACUGUUACUACUGCAUCUGUGGGCUUCCAGACUAUAGAGAGGACCAUGCUGCCUGCUCUAUCAAGAUGGGGCUGGCCAUGGUGGAGGCCAUCUCGUAUGUUCGAGAGAAAACCCAGACUGAUGUAGACAUGAGGGUUGGUGUGCACAGUGGUACGGUACUGGGAGGAGUACUGGGACAGAAACGCUGGCAGUACGAUGUCUGGUCCACAGACGUCACCGUUGCCAACAAAAUGGAGGCUGGAGGCAUUCCAGGUCGUGUUCACAUCUCACAGAGCACCAUGGAGUGUCUUCACGGAGAGUUUGAGACUGAGCCUGGAAACGGAGGCGACCGCUGUGACUACCUGAGGGAGCGAGGCAUCGAGACAUACCUUGUGGUUGUUGCGAAAGCCCCUCUGGGAAAGAACGGAGUCAGUGGUGUGAAGCUGUCUGUAACAUCUUCAAAUGGAAACUCUCCUCUGUUGAUCAACACCACGGAGUGUAACGGCAGUGUGAACACAGCCUGCACCACACCAGAGGAACCGGAGGAACUGGAUACCAGGGUGGUAAAUCCGUCUUUUCCAAACCCUCGGAGACGGCUGCGUCUGCGGGACUUGGCUGAAAGGGUGAUCGAUGCUCAGGAGAACGAACAGGAGCUCAACAAACUGCUGAACGAGGCUCUGCUGGAGAGAGAAACAGUUCAAGCUCUGAAGGGAAAACACACCAACAAGCUGUCCCUGAGGUUUGUGGAUCCGGACCUGGAGACUCGCUACUCGGUGGAGAAGGAGAAGCAGAGUGGAGCUGCCUUUUGUUGCUCCUGUGUAGUUCUGCUUUUCACUGCAGUGAUGGAGGCGCUCAUCGACCCCCGUUUGGUUGCAAACUACAUCAGCUUUGCCGUUGGAGAAGUGCUGCUGCUCGUCCUGACUUUCUGCUCUCUGGCUGCCAUCUUUCCUCGAGUCUUUCCCAAGAAGCUGGUCUCUUUUUCCACUUGGAUUGACCACACCCGUUGGGCAAGAAACACCUGGGCCAUGGCUGCCAUCUUCAUCCUCACUGUGGCAGACAUCAUCGACAUGCUGAGUUGUCUGCCUGCUGUCCCAGAUCCAGCCAGCACCACCGUGGCCCCGUCCUCUUCCUCCUCUUUCUCGGUCCGUUCAGGCCUGGAAGGUUGCUUUAACAAUCCCAAAUACUACAGCUACACCGCUGUGCUGGCUCUGAUGGCAACCACCAUGCUGGUCCAGGUCAGUCACAUGGUCAAGCUGACGCUGAUGCUGCUCAUCACGGUGACCACCGGCAUCGUGAACAUCUACAGCUGGAAGGACAUCUUUGACCGCUACGACACAGUCCGCUUUGAGGAUUACAGUUCGUUCCUGGUUCCCUCCAAGUUCACCAUGACCGUGAUGAUCUUCAUUAUGAUGGUCAGCUUCUAUUAUUUCUCCAGACAUGUGGAGAAACUGGCCCGAACCCUUUUCCUGUGGAAGACAGAGGUCCAUGAGCAGAAGGAGAAAGUGUAUGAGAUGAGGCGUUGGAAUGAAGCUCUGGUGACGAACAUGCUGCCUGAACAUGUGGCUCGACACUUCCUGGGCUCCAAGAAAAGAGAUGAGGAACUGUACAGCCAGUCCUACGAUGAAAUCGGAGUCAUGUUCGCUUCCAUCCCAAACUUCUCAGACUUCUACACCGAGGAGAGCAUCAACAACGGCGGGAUCGAAUGCUUACGCUUCCUCAAUGAGAUCAUCUCAGACUUCGACAGCCUGCUGGAUGAGCCCCAGUUCCGUUGCAUCACCAAGAUAAAGACCAUCGGGAGCACCUACAUGGCUGCAUCAGGGGUCACCCCAGAUGCCAGCAACGGCUACACAUGCAUGAAGAAGGAGGAGCAGUCUGACAUGGAGCGUUGGCAGCACCUGGCAGACCUGGCAGACUUUGCUCUGGCCAUGAAGGUCACACUCAUGAACAUCAACUACCAGUCGUUCAACAACUUCAUGCUGCGUAUCGGUCUGAAUAAGGGAGGGGUGUUAGCAGGAGUCAUUGGUGCACGUAAACCCCACUAUGACAUCUGGGGUAACACUGUGAACGUGGCCAGUCGCAUGGAGUCCACGGGGGUGAUGGGGAACAUCCAGGUGGUGGAGGACUGCUACAACAUCCUGAAGGAGUACGGCUUCAGAUUUGUUAGGCGGGGGCCCAUCUUCGUUAAAGGGAAAGGAGAGCUGCUGACUUUUUUUCUUAAAGGAAGAGACAAACAAGGCUCAUUUAUUAACGGCUCGUCCAUCACUUUACCACAUCAGGUGGUGGACAGCUGAUCUGACACACCUGAAUGAGCCACCUCUCAUUAAUUCCGAUAGCGUUUUAGACUUUACGGAGACAUCAACAGGCCUUUUUCACAUCAUUUUUGCAGCUGUUAAUAAAAUUAUUUUGAAAUGU